AUGAACUGUCUCGUGGAUGAGCUUCGCGGAGUAGAUGACGAUGGCGAGCUGUUCGUUGCAAUGGAUCUUGAGUGGCCAGUGGAUCGAGAGACCGGAAUCUAUGGCAAGGUUUCACUCAUAUCGUUUGCUUAUGAGAAAGCCGUCUACCUCAUCCCAGAUGAUGGCUUUCUGAAGUUGCCCUCGUCACUCCUUGUCGUGCUUCGCUCGAAGCGCAUCCGUAAAAUUGGGGUGCAAGUGAAGGGAGACCUGACACGCUUAUACAACGACUGUGGAUUCUCGAGCUCUGAUGGGCUGCCAUUUUCAGGUGCACUCGAACUUGGUCCAAUGGCGAAGGAUCGAAACAUAACAGAUCAUGCACGUGUCAGCCUUUCUGACCUAACGGGACUUGUCCUUCGACGAUAUCUCGCAAAGGAUGAAUCUAUACGUGUCAGCACAAGGUGGGAUGACCCCGAGUUGUCUCCUGAGCAAGAGACAUAUGCUGCUCUCGACGUCUAUGCAGCCUGGGCCAUUUACAAGGCAUUUUCAACCAUCCCUUCUAUUGGCCCUGUUACCCCCUCGACACCUGCUGGUACACAUGUUCAACUCAUGUCUCGUGUCGGCGGCCUCGCUGUUGCAUAUGGCUACAUUUCUCGCCACCAGCCAAAACAAUUUGACGGGGUGAAUGUGACAAAGACUCGAGCUGUUGUAACCAUCACAUCGAUCAUGGUUCCUGCCUAUCUUGUACGAGCCGAGCUCCUGAGCAGCCAUCAAGAAACCUCACUGUCUACUCUUGGCACACAACUGCCCUUUUCGAUGUUAUGUUGUCGGAGAGACUUACGCACAUGUGCAGCACACGACCAGACUCUGGAUAUGCACCAGCCACCUCCACCUCGACGUCAAGACAUCGAAACACCCUAUCAUAUGUCAGAGCUCGACACGACUCAGGCAGUUGACUUGGGUGAACCAUCACUGAUGGCAGAGGACGGGCUAGACACAUCCUCAUUGGAACAGGCCACAAGUGAUGCCGAGAAAGAUGCACAUGGCCUUCGUCAGGCUGAAUCACUUGCGGCACUCGUCUCUUGUGCCAUGUCGAUAGAGAUCUCUGAAAUCCGUUCCCGUGUUAUUGGUGACAUCUGGCAUUUGAUGGAUCAGUUCAAAAUUUCUCUCCACCAUGGACUGCGGAGACCCUUUAGCCGUGCCCUCCGAGAUGCCAUUUUCCUGUUAGAUCCUGAAGAUCAUGCUGCAGUCGAGAAGGUUCUAGAAACGAAGAACACAUCUUUCAAACAAAUGGUCCUCACACAUUCAGACUGGGUGUGGCAGCGGGUGAAGCGGCUUGUUCCUCCACCAGAGACAUUGGCUCCUCGUGUUGCCGAGGUUCUGCAAACCUAUGGACCCUUGAAGGAUGCUGUAACGGGGCAACCACUCUUCAACGACUCAUCAUGGGAAAAAGCUCGUGCUAUAAUCGAGAAUAUCAAGAUGGGCUACUACUCGGAUCCACCUGGCUACAGUUUCUAUGCACUCGUCAGAACGGACAAGUAUGGUCUCAAUGUCUACAGGUGCUCACGUGGAACCAACAAUGUUGAGGGCGGAAUCCACCAAAACAUCAUCAGACGCUUUGGAUCAUUCAAUGCAUCUCCAAGGCUGACUGUGAACUUACUUCGCGAUUAUACCCUGACUCAUAAUCUCGAGGUGGGCAGUAUGAACCGUACGGGGAGGCCCUACCUCGGUUCACAUGAUAUAUGGACUCGUAAUCGGAUUGCUCGCCUCGUGGACAUCACGGCCGAUGUGGUAGAACCGACAUACCGUGAUUCCGGGCUGGCCAACUGGCUCAACGGAGAUGAUUUCGAGCCAGCGAGAGAGUCCUUCGGUAUCUUACCAUUCACUCCAGCCACUCGUGCGAAGCUUGGGAUGAGUCCUUACCAGGCUGAGUAUGCCAAGGGUUGCAAGAUAAAACACGACUAUCUAGCAGGACAGCAACAGACACUUGUCGCUGUCCUACCUGUCCACACAGUCGAAGAAAAGGCCCUUUACCGGCUGCUUCUCAAGAACAACACGGGCCAGUUUUCGGGGAAAAGGCAACCCAACUGGAUCACGCUUGCGCAGGAAUGGCAGCGCCACGCAAAUGGGACGAGUAUAUUUUACAAACUUCCAGAGCACCUAAAGUCUUACUUCAAGAUCUGGAAUGAGCAUCAGAACGAGCAAAAUUCAGUAGAGCAGAAUAAGAGUGCUUACGACGAACUGCAAAAGCUCCUCGCUGUACCCGUUGGAAUGCCCGAGAUCACGCUGGCACAACGCGAGACUGUCGCUGACCAGAUUCUUGGUAGUGCGCGGCCAGCGGCCAGUGACGAACUUUCUGACUGGCAGAUUGGUGUCAUACUGGGCCGUAGCAGCUCGCGGCAAACACUCUUGCAGUUGCAGUACGACAAUCCUGCUCCCACAGGAACACGCGGACAGAAAUGACCUGCGGAAGACUCGGAGUUGAUGGGCAGGCCCAUCCACGUGAAGCAGCGUGCACAGCGUACAUGCAAACGGUGCUGCAAGGCUGAUUGUCCAGGGAAGUUCAGGAGUCGGCCAUGCAAGUACAAGCCAGUGAGUGUUGC